UUUAAGUAAAAGUUUUAUUUACAAUUAAAAGUUAAAUUUAGUUUACUUAAAGGUAGUUAAAUUGUGUGUCACUUUUAAUUUUUUUUUAUAUUUAGUGUGAUUAUAAUUUCUUAUCAUUUUCAGAUUGAUACCGUGACAAAUGAAACGGACUUGUGUGUGUGACAGCUAUCUAGCUGAGAGGUUAUUACAGCCACACAGACCCGACAGUGGACGUUUAGGGUGAGUUCGUUCCAUUUUCCUCCUUUUAGGUGUCACUUUAUGAUGAGACCACCAGUUUUGUAAUCUGAAAGUGACCUUUCGGUAAAACACCGGAAGUACACAUAUACACACAUACACUCUGCAAUUUAAGGUACUACCCGCCUUGUGUACUUUUUCUAGAUAUAGAAACUGUGUCCUGUUAUCUAGGUGAACAUUUAAUUUAUUGUGUCAUUUACAAUUUUACUUUGUGUUUACUUUGUGUCUGUAGUAUAUUGAAACUGGCCAUAUACCUUAUAUAUUUUUGCACUGUGGGGUAAAGUGCUACGCGACAUUGAGUUUUUGGGUCGUAGUUUGGACUUUGAAGUUUAAAGUAUUUUGAACAGUUUUAAUUAUUGCCUACUGUCUACUGUACACUUAAGAUUAUUAUUAUACAACCUUAGUGAGAUACUUAGAUGAGUUUGAAACUUAGUGUUUGUAGUGGUGAGGUAUAGUGUUUAGAAUAUAUGAUACAUUGUUUAUUUUAGUACUGUGUACAGUGAAGGUACAUUUUGAUUAUAGCGCUAGAGUGAUAAAUGUGUUUAAUUAUAUUGUGUUACACUGAUGUGUAGUGUUAUAGUGCACCGUGAUUGCACUUAGUGAAUAUAGCGUUUUGUGUUUAAGGGUUGUAGUGUUACCCUUUAAUGAUACUUUGAUAUCAUUGUUCUACCUCACAUUUAGAUUUUACUUGUAUCCUAAGUUGUUGUUGUUGUAGUGUUACAGUGUAGGAAAUAUACAUAAUAAGUUCAAGAUGACUAGUGUAAAUGAGUUGAUGAAGGUAGGUCAAGAGUUAGGGUAUACAGAUGAGGCAUUGAGAAACUUUGUUAAAGAGGAGCAAGCAAGGGAGCGUGAAGAAAGACAUAGUAGGUUAGAAGCUGAGAAGGAACGUUUUGAAGCUGAGAAGGAACGUUUUGAGGCUGAGAAGGAACGUUUAGAAGCUGAGAAGGAUAGGUUAGAAUUAGAAGCUAGGUUAGCAAAAGAGAAGUUAAGUAAUGAGAAAGAGAAGUUAGAUUAUGAGUUUAAGAUUUCUAGGGAGAAGUUAGAUUAUGCUCGUCAGUUAGAAAGAGAGAAGGAGGAAGCCGAAACUAGGAAGUUAGAAAUAGUGAUAGAAAUGGAAAAAGAGAAGUUAAGUAAUGAAGCUAGGGUUGCAAAGGAGAAGUUAGAAAUAGCUCGUCAGUUAAGAAAGAGAGAAGGAGGAAGCAGAAGCUAG